AUGCAGUUCAUUGCGCAACAUACAUCUAUCCCAGUGCCGAAAGUCAAAUGUGCAUUUACUCAUUCUGGGAUGACGUAUAUCGUGAUGGAGAGAAUCAAGGGAGAUAUGAUUGGUCAUGGCUGGGUGUAUCGGAGUGAGGAGUCGAAAGCAAGACUGCUUUUACAAUUGACAGAGAAUGUUCGUCAACUACGUGAUCUUCAGCCCCCGGAAGAUAACAAAAUUGCUUCUGUUGAUGGCGGAUCGCUUUAUGACUGUCGUCUUCCGGGUUCCGUGAUACGUUUUGGUCCUUUUGAUAAUACCCAAGACUUCCAUCGGCAUUUGCGCGAAGGCAGGGAAUUUGAUCCAAACCUUCGACCUGAAAUUCAGGAGAUCAAACUCCAAAGCAAAUCAUGGCCAUUGGUAUUUACUCAUGGCGACCUUAGCAGUCUCAACAUUCUUGCACGUAGAGAUGACAUAGUUGGAAUUGUUGAUUGGGAAACUGCUGGAUGGUAUCCAUCAUAUUGGGAAUACACUACUGCAUAUCAAGUCAACCCACAGAACUCGUUCUGGGUCAAUGAGAUUGAUAAAUUCCUAGAGCCAAUGCCCGAAGAGCUGGAGAUGGAAAGGAUUCGUCAGGAAUACUAUGGACCGUUCUAA